AUGGCCGAGCCGUUAGUGCAGUGUAGUAACCAUCCAUCGAAAACAUUACGUAGAAAAAGUUUACAGCGCCAUAUACGACAAAUAAAGCAUCUUGUUGCAAAACGAAUUCCGUCGUCAAGCUCUGAUCAAAAACUGAGCACACUGGAAACAUUGGAAAAAACUGUGGAAAUUCUCAAGUCAACCCCGGUGUACUCAGCUGACGGAGCCAACGUCAGUCCGGCACAUUCUUGGUCCGAUACUCCAAUUGAUGGUGCCACAAAUUUCAGCGAAGAUUGCUGGAUGCCACCAACUGAUUUUGCUAAUCGACAUCUUUUUUCUGUUAAAAUUUCGUUACCCGAUGGAAAUAUCAUUGACUAUCGCAAUAAUUCUAACAACUGUCAUUGCAACUUAGUUAAUCUUGAAGUUGGUGGAUGUUUUUUUGAAGUCAUUUCCGAUUACGGGAAACAAGCUUUAUUGACGAGUGCUUUUGCAAAAGCUGCAAGAAAACGUAUCUUAACCCGUAUAUCUGGGACCUCUGGGAACAGUUACAAUAAAAAUGACAGCGAUGGUAUUGACGGUGACAGCAGUGAUGAUGUUGGCGGUGCUGGUGACUGUUAG